ACUCUUCACUCAAUUAGAAACCCUAAAUUUGCAGCGACGCCCAAGCCCUAAAUCUCCCCAGUCUCUUCCUCCAUGGCACCUAAGCGCCCGUCUGUCUUGGACGAACCGCCGGCAGCUUCUUCAUCAAACGAAGGGGCGGAGGCCUCCUCGGAAGAAGAAGCAGCAUCCGGAUCCGGAUCCGACGAGUCCGAAUCCGAAGCCGAAGCCGAAACCUCCGAGCCGCAGAAGCCCGCCGCGGCCGUGCCAGAGAAGAAGCCCCAGCCGAAGAAGCCUGAUACCGCGGCCGCCAAGGCUCAGUCUUCUUCCUCCGGCGAGACCGAAACCGCGUCGGAGUCGGAAUCCGACGGCAAGAGCAAAGUGCAUGUCAAGCCGAUAGCUUCCAAGCCCAUGGAGGAGGUCACGCCGCCGCCGACGAAGGCCACCAAGCCCAGAUCGAAGCCCGCGGCGUCUCCGGCGACGGCGAAAUCCGGCACCAAGCGGCCUCCCGGCGGCGAGGGCGAGGCGAAGGACUCGAAGAAGGCGAAGAAGAAGGGAGACGAGCCAGAAGAGGACGGCGUCGAGGAGGAGUCGAAGAAAUCGAAACUGUUUCAGAGGCUGUGGAGCGAUGAGGAUGAGAUAAUCAUACUGGGAGGGAUGAACGAGUACACGACGAAGAAGGGAGUCGAUCCUUAUGCCGAUAUGAGUGCAUUUCAUGAGUUCAUUAAGCGAUCGCUGAAGGUGGAAGUUUCGAAGACGCAAUUGCAGGAUAAGAUUAGGAGGAUGAGGAAGAAAUUCGAGAACAAUGUGAGGAAGAAGCACAGGCCGACGAAGGAUCACGACUCGAAGACAUUCGAGCUGUCGAAGAAGGUCUGGGGAGGCGGGGAUGAUUUAGCCGGGCAGGUUACUAUUGCUUCAUUCGGAAAGGGGGAGCAGCUGAAGUCGAAUGGGAAGGCGAAGGCGAAGAGUAAUCAGAAGGGGAACAGCAAGGCUUUGGCUUCGCUGAAGGCUGAGCUGCUGUCGUCGUCCCCGGAGCCUUCAAAGGAAGCUGGGAAGAGUGCAGCUUUUCUGAAGCCGUGUGGGAGUGCGUCGAGUGAGGUUGUUGGGUUUGAUAAGGGCUUCAAGGAGCUGGGGUUGUCGGAGACUAUUGUGCAGCAGGGGCUUGAGUUGAUUGGUGGAUCGAAAUGCGCUGAGCUGAAGGAUAAGUGGAGCAAAUUGCAUGUUGCUGAGCUGGAAGUUUUUGUCAAGAGAACUGAGCUCAUGAGGGAUCAGGCGAAGUUGAUCUUGGAUGCGUUCAAGUCGGAUCAUUAGAAUGGUGGUCGCUGGUCAGGUAACUCCAUAAGUCAAGAGGAUCCAGAAAGCCCUAUUUUUAGGUUAUGUUUUGCUGUUUAGGUGUCAGUUUAUGUGUAACAAGUAUCUGCAUAAUUUGUUUAUCAUUGCUUGGUUAUAAGUGGCCACUGUUGUGCUCCUCUAUUUGAACUGAUUUUGCCUAAUGUUAAUGUUAUUUUGAUUCGAGUGGUAAA